AUCUGAGACGCUGAGGUACUUCGGUUAUUCCAUCUGAAUAGUGAAAAUGUCCGGAAGAGGAAAGGGAGGAAAAGGACUCGGUAAAGGAGGCGCCAAGCGUCACCGUAAAGUUCUCCGUGAUAACAUCCAGGGAAUCACCAAGCCCGCUAUCCGCCGUCUGGCUCGCCGCGGUGGAGUCAAGCGGAUCUCUGGUCUCAUCUACGAGGAGACCCGCGGUGUGUUGAAGGUCUUCCUGGAGAACGUCAUCCGUGAUGCCGUCACCUACACCGAGCACGCCAAGAGGAAGACUGUCACCGCCAUGGAUGUGGUCUACGCUCUCAAGAGACAGGGACGCACUCUCUACGGAUUCGGAGGUUAAACUCACAUCUUCACAACUAAACAACCCAACGGCUCUUCUAAGAGCCACACACUUCUACUGAAGGGUACAGUCCUGUGUUUUGAUGACUGUUUCUCUACAGAAACUAUGACUGUUUGAUCACGUCUGUUAUCAGGGGGCUAGAGUGUGGUCUAUGUAGAGGAAUAUAAAGACUCAAUAACUGUUUUAUUUGCGUUUAGUUUGUACCUUUGCUCCAAACAUGCAUGAGCUCACAUUCAAAUGGUUGGAUCUCUUUAUACGGGACUCCAGCAAAUCCAUGUGUUUACACCAUGUGUGUCCUACGCUGAUUAAAGGUCUGAAAAACCGAACCAACUACGGAGAAGAUCUGAGACAGGACAACAAUCACUAGAGAGCAGAGGAGCUGUCCAUUUCUCUGCUGCUGAAAUCACUAUCAUUUAAGACGAGACACCAACAGCCCACGAUAACCCCGCACCUGUUUGACAGAGACACGUGAUUACAGUAAACUCCACUACUAAACUCUAAUGUCCGUCUCAGGCGGCAGAUCCACGGCUGAGCAGCGCCAUAGAGGAACUCACGCUCCCAUUGAUUACUAUGGUGUUCAAAAUUUACAAGUCCGAGAAAAACCGCACGGGUGCAACAUUACCUGACAGUUUGGUAAAGACACGACUUUCCGUUCUGGAGUGAUCUUGUACACAUACAAACAAACAAACGAAGAAAGAAAGAUGCGGAACCCUCUACAUAACCUCCUUAACAAACACCAUGUCCUAAAAACAGGCUUCUCAGUUAUCUAGCUUGAAAAUUUCCCUUUUAAUCGUCGUUAGUGCUGUGCUUAUAAAAGCAGAUUUGUGCUCCACAUCCCGAGGUUUGGCUCCUUUCCAGGAGGCCUCUGGGGCGCAGACAGGCCUCUUUUGCAUCCAGGACGUAGGAGAAUAACAUUUGUCUGAGAUCUGGGUUCUAGUUUGGCCUCGGGGUGCGAUGUAAAUAUAUUUCAUCACCAAUUA